GCCUGCGACACCACCGCCGCCCACGCCGCCCAUAUAGCCCCUCGCGCCCGCCGAGCCCGUCCGCCCUCUGCCCGCGCGCCGACUUCUGCCGCCCGCCCUCGCUCUCGUGCUGAAACGCUGGCUGUGUGCGUGCCGCGCAAGCUAGCAGCACCCAGCAUUCUUUUGCCCCCGACAAGACCCUCGACCACCCUCGACGAGCCUCCGCACGCCCACGCGCUCCUCUCCCCGUCGCUCCAUGCGCUUUGACGUCUAGCAUCGACAUCCACAAUGGGUCGCAGAAAGAUCGAGAUCAAGGCCAUCAAAGACGACCGGAACCGCUCGGUCACCUUUCUCAAGCGCAAGGGCGGCCUCUUCAAAAAGGCCCACGAGCUGUCGGUCCUCUGCUCCGUCGACGUGGCCGUCAUCAUCUUUGGCCACAACAAGAAGCUGUACGAGUUCUCGUCCGGCGACAUCAACGAGACCAUUGGCCGCUACCAAUAUGUCACCCAGUAUGGCGGCGCACACGAGCACAAGGGCCCCGAGGACUUCAUGGGCAAGAAGGAUGGCGACGACGACGACGAUGACGACGAAGAAGGCGGCCUCGCCCCAGACUCGCACACGCCGCCCGAGCACCCCAUGAUGCCCCAUCACAUGCAGCACUCGCAGUUCCAGCACAUCCGCCACGGCGCGCCCUCCAUGUCGCCUCCCAUUGGCAACGGCGCGUUCCAGCAGCGCGGCCCCUCGCCCCAGCCCCCUCACCACCUGUCGCGACCCAACUCGAGAGUAGGCCACAUCCGCCGCCCCAGCUCCAACCUCGCUCCGCCCCAGCCCUACCCUUCGCAAGCCCCGCCGCCGCAGAACAGCUAUGCCUACAUGCCGAAUCCGCCCUUUUACAACCCCCAGCCUGCCCCACAGAUGACCCCUAAGCCUCAGCUCACUCCCCCUGCCACCCAGUACCAAUUCGCGCACCCCAUGCCCGCACACCCCCAAGUCCAAUACAUGCAACAAGAGCAGCAACGCCGACAGUCAAUGCCACCCACAUUCCAGCAGCAGCAGCAACAACAACAGCAGCAGCAGCAGCAACAGGAACAGGCGGCGCAGGCACAGGCAGCACAGGCACAAGCUCAGGCACAGGCGCAGGCACAAGCUCAAGCACAAGCUCAAGCACAGGCACAAGCUCAAGCUCAAGCGCAGGCACAAGCACAGGCACAGGUUCAAGCACAACAGCAGCAGCAGCAGCAGCAACCCCCGCCGCCUCCACCUCCACAGCCACAGCAGGAACGCCCUGAACAGCCCACCAUCACCGUCCCGUCUCCACCGCAGCCGAACAACUUCCAGAGCCCCCCUCUGCCACAGCCGAAGCCAUUGCAUGCAUCUGCCAGACACAGCAUUUUUACGCCAAUCGACGACAGCCAGUCGAUGCUCGCAGCACACUGGGGCAGCAGCAGUACGAGCAAUAACAAUGCGAAUGCGCCGCGCAAUGAACCCCCCUUCCUCAAGCAGGAGAACCGAGCGCAGUCGAUAGAUGUUGCCGCCAUGGCACGAUCGCAGCCAGAUGCAGACCCCAAAUCCCAGCCACAGCCCCCACAAGCGCCUCCCCAGCAGCCGCCGCAGAGAACACAGUCGACGUCGGCCGUGCCUGUAAUUCCGCCGCCGUCUCGGACAAACAGCCUGCGUAUGGGUGAGAGCAAGCCGAGACUCCGGGUGCAGAUUCCGAGCGAACACUCGGACGGCGGUAGUGCGACGGCCGACUCGUCGCCCAAGGACUCGGGCACGACGGGCGCCACACCAGGGCGCAGCACUGAUGCAUCGCACUCUUCGGGCGUUGUCUUACCCCCGCCUUCACCGAGCGCCAAUUCGCUGCUUAGCGCGGGUGCAACGGGCCCACCCAAUCCAUUUGCUCGCCCGCCCCCGCCGUCCAACAGCAACUCGUACGGCAGCCGCAACGACAUGGAAACGCCCAUCUCGGCACUGCCCAGCCGGUUUGUCGAGAAUGGGCUGCUUCCGUCGCCCUCGAGCUUUUACCCGGAAUGGGGCUUUGGGCGUGACUCCAACAUGCUACCAAGUCCUCUGACGUUUCAGACUCCUGUAGCCCCCAACGGACCCAGCUUCGCGCGUGACGAUUCUGCAGAGCGCAAGCGAAAGACAUCGGAGCAGGGUUCCGACGACGGUAACCAGAAGCGUGUCAAGACGUGAGGCCAUGCAAACUUGUUCCCCCCUUUCCUUCUAUGCGCGGCUGCGUUGCCGAGGCCGCCUGUAAUUGUAAGAGGCCGUUUUUAACUCUGCUGUUUGAAUUCUCUGCUUUGACCGGGGCAAGCUGGCCAUGCUCGAUGCAUGCACACUGCACCUUGUUGACUGUUUGUUUGCCGGCGGAUCUUGGACGUAGGGGCGUUGGAUACCCACGACAAUUGUCGUAUUCUGUUUCUCUCUUUCACAAUUUGACGAUGCGGCAGGCGAGAGUUUUUUGUUCUCCUUCUUCUUCUCUGCUACUUCUUUUUCUACUUCUUCUGCAUCUUCUUCUUCAAACGCACUAGCUAUGGCCAUGAUGACUAUGAGAGAGUUCAAGACAGCUGCUUCUUUGUAGAUAAUAUAAUACAAGACAAGUUUGCC